AUGGAGGGACGGGCUGCUAAAAUAAUAAUAGCUGUAUUUAAAAAAACAACUGGUGUUGUUGUUUGUUGGUGUUGAACAGUUCUGUGCAGCUUCGCAGGCGUCACACCACCUUCUGUUGACAAAACCAGUCACUUAGGAAACAUUGAUAUGAAAUGUAUAAAUGUAAGGUAUUCUUGGGUUUGUAGAAAUGUGCAGCGUCGACAGUUUCUUCUGUGGCGAGUGGUCGGCGUGUGGAGCCGCUGAGCUCAGCAGAGCAACAGGCAGCUGAUUGGUGAUCAGUGUUGGUCAAUCAGAGGUGAUCAGAUCAUGAAGGAUCAUUAGAUCUGUUUGUUUUACUGAGUGCUGCAAAGUGUGUGUGUCAGCACCUCACACACACACACACGGAGCGGUGGGCGUGUGCAGGUGGAGGUGACGGACUAUAAAGGAGGAGGAGGCCCUCUGCUCUGCCUCACAUCAACCGGCUCUCAGCUGACCUGCUCCUCCUCUUCAUCACAGAGUCACCUCUUCCAUCUCCUCCUUUUACAGCUCUCGUCCAUCAUGGCGGCUCUGUGGCUCCAGUCUGUAUCUCUGCUGGUCUUACUGGUCGUGUCGUGGCCGAGCUCUCAGGCCGCCACGGCGCCGCAGCACCUGUGUGGCUCUCACCUGGUGGACGCGCUCUACCUGGUCUGUGGGGACAGAGGCUUCUUCUACAACCCCAAGAGAGACGUGGACCCUCUGAUGGGUUUCCUCCCUCCAAAGGUGGGCGGAGCAGCGGCGGCAGGCGGCGAGAACGAGGUGGCGGAGUUCGCCUACAAGGACCAGAUGGAGAUGAUGGUGAAGCGAGGCAUCGUGGAGCAGUGCUGCCACCGACCCUGCAACAUCUUCGACCUGCAGAACUACUGCAACUGAUCAGCCCCGCUUCCUUUAGCCUAGCCUAGCUUAGCAUAGCUUAGCUUCUUGGCCAACUUAGCCCGAACCCCCGCCCCUCUCCUCCACCUCCACCCUGGCACCAGGAGGGCGGCAGCGCUGUUGUCUCUCUUAAAAACCAACU